AUGGCCUGCACCGACCGCCGUCCCGCCCCCCGCCGCCACAGGCAGAAGGUCGUCGUCAUAAUGGGCGCCACUGGCUGUGGCAAGUCGAAACUCUCCGUCGACCUCGCCUCCCGCUUCUUCCCCUCCUCCGAGAUCAUCAACUCCGACAAGAUCCAAAUCCACCGCGGACUCGACGUCGCCACCAACAAGACCCCCGCCUCCGGCCGCCGCGGCGUCCCCCACCACCUCCUCGACGUCCUCCGCCCCUCCGACCACUUCUCCGCCGCCGACUUCCGCUCCGCCGCCGGCGCCGCCGUCUCCCGGAUCUCCUCCCGCCGGCGACUCCCCCUCGUCGUCGGCGGCUCCAACUCCUUCGUCUACGCCCUCCUCGCCCGCCGCUUCUCCUCCCCCGACGCCGCCGAGGCCCUCUCGGGCUGGGCCGGCCCGGCCCUCUGCCGGGAGCUCCGGUACGCCUGCUGCUUCGUGUGGGUCGACGUGUCGCCGCCGGUGCUCGAGGAGUACCUCGGGAGGCGGGUCGACGAGAUGCUUGAGGCGGGGAUGAUGGAGGAGCUGGCCGAGUACUUCGCGGGCCCCGAUGCGGGCCGGGGCGGGCUGGGGAAGGCGAUUGGGGUACCUGAGUUCAAGGGGUACUUCGAGAGGUACGGCGGCGACUGGAGGAUAGACGGCGGCGACGCGGAGAAGAGGAGGGCGUACGAUGAGGCUGUGAGGGCGGUGAAGGAGAACACGUGCCGGCUGGCGAAGAGGCAGCUGGGGAAGAUACGGCGGCUGAGGGACGAGGCCGGGUGGGAACUGAUAAGAGUUGACGCCACGGCGGCGGUCAGGGCGGAGAUGGACGGCGCGUGCAGGAGGAGAGUGGAGGACGCGUGGGAGAGGGACGUGGUGGGGCCCAGCGUCAAGGCGGUUCAGAGGUUCUUGAUGGAGUAG